CAGGAAGUGAAAUAUUCAUGCAAAUAUUGGUAUAUUUUUUGAUAGAAGAUUAUUCUAAUUAUUGGAUACAUAGAUUUUUACAUUCAAAGUGGGGCUACGAUAAAAUACAUCACGUGCGCCAUGAAAGCAAUGCACCCAUUGCACUAGCAGCGCCUUAUGCGCAUUGGGCUGAGAUUUUGAUUCUUGGGCUUCCUUCAUUUGUUGGGCCUGCUUUAGUUCCUGGCCACAUUCUCACUUAUUGGCUUUGGUUCAUUUUGAGGCAAUUGGAAGCUAUUGAGACUCAUAGCGGAUACAAUUUAUCAUGGGGUGCAACAAAAUUUAUCCCAUUUUAUGGAGGAGCUAAAUACCGCGAUUAUCAUCACUAUAUUGGACGCGAAAGUAAAAAUAAUUUUGCUUCAAUUUUUAUUUAUUGUGAUUUAAUUUAUGAAACCAAGGGAUGUUGGUACCAUAAGUCUACUAUCAAAAAGGAAAUUUAAAGAUAUUGACAGUCUUGCACACAAGAUGGUGACGGCGCAAAGUUCAUUUUGGGUUGCUUUUGGAGUACGUGGAAAUUAUUACUCCACAAUAAGUACUCCCUUCAUUUUUUUAGUUGUCCAUUUAGCUAAAAUUAUAAUUAAAAAGUGAAAUUUUUAUCUUAAAUUAUGAGAGUAAAUACUCAAAUAACUCUACUAUUUAAUAAAUAUUUUUAUAAAUUGAAUUAUAGAAUCAUUUAUUAAGGGAGGAAUAAAUUUGAAAGAUACUAGCUAAUGUUAUCUUGAAUUUCUAAAAAGACAACUAUUGAUGGAAAAACACAUUUGCCUAGAGUGACAACUAAAAAAAAUGGAGGAAUAAUAAAUUAUAAAUAAUUUUGUAAACGUAAGAAUUUACAAAUAUCUAUCAGAUUCCAGAAUAAUACCAAUAAAUUUCUCGACUUUCAGAUAGUUUACUUUUAAAAUAAUAUUCCAGCUAUUCUGUAAACAGAGAUAGACCUACCUUUAGGUUAAGGUAAGCUCUAACUCAGUCUGUAACUAAUUUUUUUGAAAAAGAAAAUAAAUUUAUAAUAAACUUGAGGUCA